AGAAGUUUUACUACGACGCCAUUCCUCAGCGAUUAGCCGAACAGGACGAAACUCCACAUUACCAGAAUCCAACCUUCUAAAUAUGCCGCCCACGCCAUGAUCCUUUUCCCGUAUUAUAAAUUGCUGUCCAGACAAAAAAAGACGCACAAUAUAUAGAUUGAAAAUUGAUACGGCUCACUUGUUGGUAGCUGCUGUUCGUUUCGUUGUCUGCAACCAACAGCCGAGCAAAUCAAUUUCCCCAAUGGCCAUGGCCGCGGCCACCAAUUUCUGCGCAUCUUCUUCAAUCUCCUCCACUAAGAAAACAACUCCUCCUUCGUUACAGGGUCGGACUUGCUCCCUGCCUUCGACGCAUCAUCAUUUUCUCUCUGCCGGCCGGAGACCAGCCAGACUUUCCGUGACGGCGACAGCUGCGCCGCCCAGCGCAGUUCAACAGGUCGAUGGGGCUACAACCUCCAGCAAAGCUUCCAAGGCUCUGCCUUUUAGAGUGGGUCAUGGGUUCGAUCUCCACCGGCUGGAGCCUGGCUACCCUUUGAUCAUCGGCGGGAUUAACAUUCCUCACGAGAGAGGCUGUGAGGCUCACUCCGACGGAGAUGUAUUGCUGCACUGCGUUGUGGAUGCGAUAUUGGGAGCACUGAGUCUGCCUGAUAUUGGGCAGAUAUUCCCUGAUAAUGAUCCUAAGUGGAAGGGAGCUGCUUCUUCUGUUUUCAUCAAAGAAGCUGUGAGACUGAUGCACGAGGCCGGUUAUGAGAUUGGAAACUUGGAUGCCACCUUGAUCCUUCAACGACCGAAACUUAGCCCGUUCAAAGAAGCCAUCAGGGCCAACUUGUGUGAACUGCUAGGAGCAGACCCAGCUGCUGUCAACUUGAAGGCCAAAACCCACGAGAAGGUCGACAGUCUGGGGGAGAACAGAAGUAUUGCAGCCCAUACCGUCGUUCUCCUAAUGAAGAAGUGAUGUUGCCAAACUCCACUACAGCUGCCGAUCCCUAAAACAUGGAAAUUGUUGUACUUCUUCUUUAGCAUGUUGUAAGCUUUGACAAACAAUUCCUUCUAGCAGUCGAAUCAAUAAUCUCUUUUACGUUCAUAGUUGUCUUGUAAGAUCUUUUUUUAAGAUUAUAGAGUAUAAGAGGAGCAUUGUAGCUUCCUUUGCAAAAGAUUCUACUCGAAAUCGAGUUUCCAGUGUAUUUCGAAACUUCUUCCUGAGGUGACACAGAAAAACCUUCUUCCUGAAAGUAAUAUGAGAAAUCUUUCUAAACCUGUGGCGUUUCGUAUGAGCAAGACUGAAGUUUUUCU